AUGGUUCCUGGUGGCUCAGCUGAGAAGAAGGCAGAUGGCAAGCAGGCAGCCAAAGAAUCCUCCAUUCGCAUUCCAAACCCCAACUUUGAGAAGAUGAAAGAGGACAUCCUGUAUCACUUUGCUCUUGGGACUGGUACCCACAAUUUCCCUGCCUUGUUUGGAGAUGUAAAGUUUGUGUGCAUUGGAGGGAGCCCUUUGCGAAUGAAAGCUUUCAUCGGCUACAUCGCCGCGCAGCUGGGAAUUGCCAAGCCCCGCAAUGACUUCCCCAACAUCUGUGCAGCGACGGAUCGCUAUGCCAUGUACAAAGCCGGCCCCGUCCUGGCCGUCAGUCAUGGAAUCGGCAUGCCCUCUGCUGCUAUCAUGUUACACGAGCUGAUCAAACUGCUGCAUCAUUCCCAGUGCUCUAACGUCAUCAUAAUUCGUCUUGGCACAUCUGGUGGAAUAGGUUUGGAACCGGGUUCUGUAGUGAUCACCAAGCAGGCUGUCAACGCCGCCUUCAAGCCUCAGCUCGAACAGGUGAUCCUGGGGAAGUCCAUCUUCCGCAGCACCACCCUAGACAAGGAACUGGCUGAAGAGCUGUUGGAGUGCGGCAAGGAACUGAACCAGUUCAACACCGUCGCAGGGAACACCUUGUGCACCCUGGAUUUCUAUGAAGGUCAAGCACGCCUCGACGGCGCCAUUUGCUCGUUCACCAACGAAGAGAAAAUGAAGUAUCUGAAGGCAGCUGACAAGGCGGGCGUGAAAAACAUCGAGAUGGAAUCCUCUGUUGUGGCAGCCAUGUGCAAUCUGACCGGCAUCAAAGGUGCUGUGGUCUGCGUCACAAUCUUGGACCGGCUUCAAGGGGACCAGAUCACCACUUCUCAUGAAGGCCUGGAGGAGUUCGAGUCGCGGCCUCAGAAACUGGUGGGGCAUUUUAUUAAGAAGCGCCUGACGCAAAAAUGACAUCGCUGCUUUAACUCUUAUUAAAGGCUCCGUGUUCCUUCAUGGAUGAAUUCAUGAUGAAAAUGUGCCUCGUAAUUGCUUACUCCUCACCUGACAGCAUUACGAUGAAUCCUUCAGAGCGCUAUACGUUCAGAGGCGGAAUAU